AAGUAUUUUUCAUAAAAUUCAAAGAUUGUGAAGAAAGAUGCCCAUAGCCAAGUUUUUGUGCAUUCAUCUGCACCGAAAUGCAGACGAAACAUGCAAUUUGCAUGCACCUGGAAAACUAAGAUUGCAUGAUCCGGAACGGUUUUUAGUUUACGUUUAGUGUCACGUGACAUUAAUUGACAAGCGACAGAAAAGGAUGGAAUCGGAAUACAACGAGAGUACAGACGACGAAUCGACCGAGGAGGGGACAAUUCAGAGAAGGGGGCGUGGGAGACCACGAAAGGUGUCGGGAAGGGGGAGAGGGCGUCCUCGAACGGUUCGGGCUGAGUCACAACGGCCGUGGGCUACCAGGCCUGUUAACAGAGCCAGCAAAAGAAAACAACCCGCUGACGAAGCACUCGCAGCACUGGAAGAGCGUAGGCGAGACAUUGGGAGAAGAGUUGAUGCACUCUCCCCUACUGAGAUGAGGGAAACUCUCGUAAGAGUUGUCGAGGAGAAUCCAGAGUACUUGCUUGCUAUUCUGGGCUCCAGCAACAAGGAACCACAGCAACCUGAAGGUCCUAUGCCCUCGCAGUCACAACCGUCUUGGUGUGUCUGCACUUUUUGUAAGGAAAUGCAAACUCAAAGGGAACGACUGUGUUGUCAAAAAGAUCCGGAGAGUUGCAUUUCUAGACUACCUGAUUUCAGAGUUUUUUUGCUCGAUGAGGCUGUCCUGGCUGUAGCCAGACUUUACCGGCAGGAUAUCCUGGCCAUGCCAGAAGACAAGGACAGGAACCGAGCGAACAGACAUGCAGCCUACCGUCAGUUUGUUCUUUGGCACUAUGGUAGGCUCGGGGCAGGAGACAGACGUGUUAUUCCAAGUUGUUGUGUCUGGCGCAUGAGAGAAAAAUUUCCCGACCCACUUGGUCGUUAUGUUGGAUUUAAAAAUGAUCCAUUGCAAUAAAAAUGUUAAAAUUCAUUUUGCUGUUGUUUUGCA